AAUAAUAUCUCACAACAAUUCCAUCACUCAGUAUUUCACACACGCAAUUUGCAUCCGUACACGAUGAUGAUAAGAUCAGUUCCGUUUCAAUCUCCUACCGUUCGCUCACCGCCGUUAGCUCCGGCGACAACGACGACGAUCUGUUCUUCGUCCAGAAACAAUGCGUAUAUACCUAAACUUGAACCUUUUAGUCGAAGCAAGUUUGAUCGAAUCGUUAAGGAUCCUCCGUUGAUUCAGAAAUCUGAAAACGAUUUAGCAGAUUACUGUUCAACGCUGGAAGGAGAUCCGUCGUAUAGCUGCUGGAGAGCCUAUUUCGAGCUCAAGGAUCUCGAGAAAGAAGCACCAAAGGAAGAGGUGGAGAGAGUGAUACUGGAAUCAGGAGGUAUGAAAUCCUUGAUAGGAUGUUUACACGGGAUCUCGGAAAUUCACAAGGCAAAAAAGCAGUCACAAAACAGAUCAAACGUGAAUAAUAAUAUGAAGCAGGAGAAUACGCCCGCGGUUGAAGGCGGAAGAGCGUGUCCGGUGCCGGACGGACUGCCGAAGAGUCGAGAAGAGAUGGAGGAAGAAGAGAAGGGGAGAAUGCCAGACUCUCCAUUUACCAGAUUGCUUAGAUCAAAAGGAAGGUCCCCUGCUUGGUACUCCCCUGCUCCUGAUCAUGAAGCGUAAUAAUUUCAAAACCGUUUAAUUAGGUUUUAGGACGAUAUAUAGUUUCGUUUAUGAUUGUGGUGAUUUUUGCUUGGUGUGUAUGUAUAUAUCUUGUUGCAAGUUUUGUUCUGUAUAUUGUUUGUUGCGUUCAUUAAUUGAAGCUCUUUUCGGACAUGUCACAUGUCCACCUCC